GGGAGGGGACAGUGAGGAGGAACCAGCAAUAGAGACAGCGCGGUCGAGUUUAGGGGCAGCUGGCGGGAGCAUUCGGCAACUCCCUGAACUUGAGGCACCGCGGAGUGUGGGCGCAGAGAGGAGCGAUUCAAACCCGGCGGACUGUGCAGUGGGUCGGCGGCCAGACAGCUAUAAGAAGUGGUGGAAGGAGCCAGCGACUGCCGACGCUGUGAGCCAUGGCACUGCCGUUCCGGAAAGACUUGGGAGAGUAUAAGGACCUGGAUGAGGAUGAGCUCCUAGGCAAGCUGUCGGAGUCGGAGCUGAAACAGCUUGAAACUGUCCUGGAUGAUCUUGACCCCGAGAAUGCCCUUCUGCCUGCAGGGUUCCGGCAGAAGAACCAGACAUCAAAGUCCGCCACAGGACCCUUUGAUAGAGAACGGCUCCUUUCUUACUUAGAGAAGGAAGCCUUGGAAUAUAAAGACCGGGAAGACUAUGUACCCUACACUGGAGAGAAGAAAGGGAAAAUUUUUAUCCCCAAGCAGAAGCCAGUGCAGACCUUUACAGAAGAAACGAUAUCCCUUGAUCCAGAGUUAGAAGAGGCCUUGACAAGUGCUUCAGACACAGAACUGUGUGACCUUGCAGCAAUUCUUGGGAUGCACAGCCUGAUUGCAGACACACAGUUCUGUGACGUGCUGGGAAGUAGUAACGGUGACGACCAAGAACAUUUUCCGAAUGUGGUUAAAGGGGAAAAGAUUCUUCCAGUGUUUGAUGAGCCACCAAAUCCAACCAACGUUGAAGAGAGUUUAAAGAGAAUUAGGGAAAACGAUGCCCGUCUUAUUGAAGUUAAUUUGAAUAAUAUAAAAAAUAUCCCAAUUCCAACUCUAAAAGAUUUUGCGAAGACUUUGGAAACCAACACACAUGUGAAGCAUUUCAGUCUUGCAGCCACCAGGAGCAAUGACCCCGUGGCUGCUGCUUUUGCAGAUAUGCUGAAAGUGAACAAAACUUUGAAGAGCUUAAAUAUGGAGUCCAACUUCAUCACAGGCACUGGGGUUUUAGCACUGAUUGAUGCUUUGAAAGAUAAUGAGACCCUGUCAGAGCUCAAGAUUGACAAUCAGAGACAGCAGUUGGGCACCUCUGUAGAAUUAGAAAUGGCCAAGAUGCUCGAGGAAAACACAAAUAUCCUUAAACUUGGAUACCAGUUCACGCAGCAGGGACCCCGAACCAGGGCAGCCAAUGCUAUAACAAAAAACAAUGACUUAGUGCGCAAGAGGCGGAUUGAGGGAGACCAGCAGUAGCGUGCCCAGCGAGGGGUAACCGCUAGAAGACUGCGGAUCACAGAGGCUCAUGCGGUGGCAGCAGAUGUAAACAUGUCCUGGGUGGAAGGGAAAAGACUGGAAAUCUUUUUUAACUAUAUGCAUUAUUUUCCUAGCUUACAGUAUUAUAUUUGAUUUGUAAAAUCAGUAAUAGGUAGUGUUUUGUAUUUGUAUCAUUUCUACUGAAACCAGUUUAAUUGAACGGUUUGUAAUGAUUUUUAGGUAAAAAUGCAGUUGUAGAAAGUUUCAGAAGUCGUGUAUGUAAGAAUAAUUUGAAUGAACAUCUUGGGGACCAAUCUUUUAAAUCAAAAGGGAUGUUGCUAACUCAAGACUAAUGUUGUUCCUUACACAUUUAUGGUCAGGCACAUAGUGGUUUCCUUUUUAAAAUCCAUGAAUUAGGCAAACGUUUGCUUAUUCCUUAUUAGGGAAAUAAAAUGUCGGAAUGUUAAAAGAUGGCUCAGAAUCCACUGUAUCUACCUGCAUAAGCCAAAGCAGGCCUCCAGAAGACAGAACAGCCAUCUGUGUGGCGGGUCUCAGCUACACGGGGCUGGUUGUGUGUGUUUGUUUUUUUCCAAUAGUCCUUAGUUCUCCCCCACCACAUACCUUGUCAAAAAUAUAGUUAUAAGUAUUUCUCCUUGCUGUGGGCAUUACAUUUUUGUAAAUGCUAAUGGUUAAAAAGGCAUCAGAAUAGAGGUUAUUUUCCCCAUAAAAAGGCUCUUGGCCAACACUCAGUUAUUUAGAGUAAAAGAGAGAGAAAAAAGAAAGAAAGGUGCUGUUAGAUGUAGGAGAGUUCAAGCCUGAGAAGCUCGCAAAAUGGCCGUUACACUGAGGAGCAGUGUCGGUCGGGAGCUAGCUAUGGUGGCUGGCCCCUAGAAUCUUAGCACUCGGGAAGCUACGAAAGGAAUAGUGCCAAAUGUUCAAAGCCCGCCUGAACUACAUAGGAACCUCCGGGUUAGCCUGGGCUACUGAGGACCUGUGUCAGGAAAAGAGAAGAGCACACUUGUCUGGUGAGAAGCGCUACUGUAAGAAGCACAGCUGCAGUACAGCAUUGCCUUGAUCCCCGCUCCACAGUGUUCAGCCAAUCACAGGCGGCUAUUCUUCAGACACCCAGCUUAGUAGAUGUUUCCUUUCAUCUUAUACUUUUAAAGUCCAUAUAAUAAAAAAUAAUUUCUACAGCAUAGGUUAUCUUUAUCACCCGAGUGCUACAGUGACGAGAGUGGGGUGGGUGAGGCUGCCACUGAGGCCCUGCUAGAGGAUUUGGGUUUGUAUCUAUGCUCUGCCCACGCAGCUCCUACAGAAGUAGCAGAGGCACAGCCACAGACAGCAGAGAGGAAGAAGGCCGGUGAAGCAUGAGCGGCGUUUGCUUAUACCAGCGUGCUGGCCUGAUACAUUAUACAACUGAAGAAAAUACUUCAUGCGCAGCUUAGGUGUACUCAUCUGACUGAGUAGAGGUCUUUCAAGAGCCAUAAGGGAGAGCAGUGUUCACCUUGGUCUUUAAGUCUGGCACCUCUUUUUAGCAACAGUAUUUUUAAAUUCCACGGAGAUUUUUAUGACAUGGUAAUAAAUUAGGACUUUGCAACAGUUUUCAAUUUAAACCAGAGAUUUUCUAAACCCUCAGUUUUAUUAUGUCAAGUUAAAUGAUUAUCUAAGAGAAUAGUCUUCACAUUUUUAAAUUGCCCGCUUAAAAAGCCUUAAACUGCCCAUUUUAUAAGACUGUAUAUACAUAUUUGUCUCAAAUUACACUUUUUAGUGGGUCUACAUGAAAUUGUAUACAUUCAAUUCACCAUUAGCAGCUAAUAUUAAUGCCUUAAAAAUAGAUUUUGGUGCUAUACACUUAUACUAAAAUCUACUAUAAGUUUAAAGAAUGCGUAAAAUGCAUUUUCUUAGGGUGCCUGUCAUUUCAAAGACCAAAUAAACAUUUAAUGUUAAACAUAUUAGCAGUUGAUCAUUUCAAAAAGGGUUUUCAUAUCCUUAAGUUGCAUGUUUUCACCAAUGAAAUUGGCUGUGUCCUUUCCAAGGGUUACCCUCCUGAACAGUUACAUGUAAAUAGAACUUUAACAAUUGUUUUACAACUGAUAAUCCCUUAGUGUGUUUUCUUUAUAAAGGAGAUAUAAUAAAAUUAUAAAAGAAAAAUGUCUUAAUAAAAUAUUAGUUGUAUGCCA